GCACAUGCAAGAGUCUGGCAUAAUUACAACAAACAUUUCCGACCACAACAGAAAGGGUUUUUGUCGAUCACUUUGGGAUCCCACUGGAUCGAACCGAGCAGAUCCAAGAAUGAAGAAGACAUCAGAAAGUGUCAGCAGUCCAUGCAGAAAGUGCUUGGGUGGUUUGCCAAGCCAAUACAUGGGGAUGGAGAUUACCCAGAAGAGCUGAAGACGGAAUUUGCCUCUCUCUUGCCAAACAGUACUGAGACCGAGAAGAACUACAUCAAAGGGACCGCUGACUUCUUUGCAUUUUCCUUUGGUCCAAAUAACUUUAUACUACCCAAAAUGGGACAAGUUUUCUCGCUCGACCUGAGGGAAGUGUUGAACUGGAUUAAGUUGGAAUAUAACAAUCCUAGAAUCCUGAUUGCAGAAAAUGGCUGGUUUACCGACAGCCACGUGAAAACGGAAGACACCACAGUCAUCUACUUGAUGAAGAAUUUUAUUAAUAAAGUCUUGCAAGGUUUGUGA